CAGCUGUGAAAUGCACGCACGUCAACGUAAGACGUCAGAGUCAAUACACGGAAGUAGAUGUUCAUGGUACCUGAAUUUCUUGUAAUCUGCUUACAGUGAGGGACAGUUGGUUUGUAAACGGACGCUCUUUAAGACUUCGUUGAUCUGUUUUCGCACGCAAAGGUCUUCAUCUGUCGGGGACUGUGGAUAUAUAUAGUCGGCUCUUAUACGAAGAUAAAUGGAAGCUAAAUCAGGUUAAUUGGUGAAGUUGCACUUGUUAGAUCUGCUCUCUCAUUCAUUCAUCACUAAGCCUGUGUUCCCAGUGUUGUAUGGGCUGGUCCCUGUGUCGUUACAUACAAACCCAGCCCGGUGUCGGCAUCCAAAAUGCGGGUGAUCACCUUCUUUGUGGUCGGACUGACCGUCCACGUGGUUUUCUUCAUCUCCAUCUUUGACAUCUACUUCACCUCUCCUCUGGUCCAUGGGAUGACACCCCAGGCCACACCCCUGGCUCCUCCUGCCUCUAGGCUAGUGUUGUUGGUGGCUGAUGGCCUCAGGGCAGACAGUUUCUACACACUCCUCCAAAAUGGCUCAUCCAGGGCCCCGUACUUGAGGACUAUAAUAGAAGAGAGAGGUACCUGGGGUGUAUCACACACACGUGUACCCACUGAGACUCGCCCCGGGCAUGUCGCUCUCAUCGCUGGCUUCUAUGAGGAUGUUAGUGCCGUUGCUAAAGGGUGGAAGGAGAACCCCGUAGAGUUUGACUCUGUGUUUAAUGAGAGCAGAUACGCCUGGUGCUGGGGCAGCCCUGAUAUUCUGCCUAUGUUUUCCAAAGGUGCCAGUGGAGACCACAUGUAUACCCACGCAUACCCACCAGGGGAAGAGGACUUUGCUUCCACAGACGCCUCCAGGCUGGACACCUGGGUGUUCACUCAAGUCAAAUCUUUCUUUCAGGCAGCCAAAUCGAACUCCAGUCUGAGGGACAGUCUGCUGAAGGAUAAGAAUGUCCUCUUUCUGCAUCUCUUGGGCAUCGACACAAAUGGACAUGCUCAUAGACCAAUGUCUAAGGAAUACCUUGACAACAUUGGUCUAGUAGACACUGGUGUGGCUGAGAUGGAGUCUAUAAUAGAGGAUUUUUUUGGUAAUGACGGCAAAACAGCGUACGUGUUCACCUCUGAUCACGGGAUGACAAACUGGGGCUCACAUGGUGCAGGCCACCCCUCUGAGACCCUCACCCCUUUAGUGGCGUGGGGAGCCGGUGUUAACAGUGCCCAGAGAGUCACUGAACCACAACCCUAUAAAGACGGCUACCUACAAGAUUGGACUCUGGAGCAUGUUAAAAGAGUUGAUGUUAAUCAGGGGGACAUUGCUGCGCUGAUGUCCUCUCUCAUCGGUGUACCAUUUCCUCUGAACUCUGUGGGUGUGUUGCCUCUUCUAUACCUCAACAAUAGUGACCAGUUCAAGGCAGAGAGCAUGUUCACUAAUGCUAUUCAGAUACUGGAGCAGUUCAAGGUGAAAAUGACCCAGAAACAAGAGACAACAUUGUCUUUCCUCUUCACCCCGUACCAACAACUCACCGAGUCCAAACAAGCAGAGUUCAUCCACAAGGCCAGAAUACUGAUUCAGCUGGAGAAGUACGGAGACGCUAUCUCUCUGUGUCAGUCUCUCAUCUCUCACGCUCUGGACGGCCUGGUCUACUACCACAACUACGACCGCUUCUUCCUGGGUUGCAGCGUGGUUCUGGGCUUUGUAGGCUGGACCUCCUAUGUCGUCCUUGUCAUAUUGAAGACUCACGCCAGCCUUGACAGACAUCCCAGCCUCCUCAAACAGGUCGGGGGCGGGGCAUACUCUAUUCCAGACCGUACCCUGGUGAGGCUGUGUGUUAGUGUGACCGUGGUGAUCACUGUGUUUCUGCUGAUCCAAAGGAGCCCUGUUACUUACUACAUAUACUGCCUGCUGCCUGUCCCUGUGUGGUACUCUGUUCUCAAAGAGUGUGGGACUCUGACAGAUCUGAUCCGCUCGGCUCCCUCUCUGCCUUUGUGGAAAUGUUUCUGUUACUUUGUGCUGGUGGCUUUUGGAAUUGAGCUCCUGGUGGUGAGCUUCUUUCAUCGUGCCAUGCUGACGCUUGGCCUUGCUUCCCUCUCUCUCUGGCCCUUCGUGUCGGGUCUCUUUGGCACUGCAAAGUUCCGUUCACUGAGCUGGUUUCUGGGGUGUCUGUGUCUGGCUGCAUUUCCCCUGAUGCCUGUGGUAGGCAGAGAGCCCAACAUACAUCUGGUGACCUGCGCUGGUGUGCUCUCUCUCUUCACAUCAGCUUGUUUCCUCUGGUCCUCACGGCACAGAACACCGCUGCACCUCAGUGACAGGCAGCAGUUUGUAACACAGAUGAUCCACGUGGCAGUGUGUGCAUACGUGCCAUCCCUGACACACUCCAGCCUGCAGCAGAAACAGGGCCUGCCUCUUCUUAAUCAGAUCAUCAGCUGGACCACACUCGCAUCUUCUUUGCUCGUUCCUUUGUUGAGCUCAACGCGUAUCUUCCACCGCCUCCUCAGCAUAUUCCUGUCUCUCACCGCCACAUAUCUGCUGCUCAGCACUGGGUCAGAAGCCUUGUUCCCCCCUGUGUUAUCAUGGUUGAUGUUUGUUUGGAUCAACAUUGAACAGGAAGCCAUGCUCGCUCAGGGUGUUUCUGGCAGACAAGAGCUCUCAACCAUUGACUUCUCUGCAAACAUCGACAUCACAAAGAUCCGACAGCUGAAGCUGGAUGACAUCAGACGAUCUUAUUUUUUUGUAUUUUUUAUCAUAACAGCUUUCUUCGGCACAGGAAACAUUGCUUCCAUCAACAGUUUUGACCCAGCGUCCAUUUAUUGUUUCCUCACCGUCUUCAACCCCUUCAUCAUGGGAGGGCUCAUGAUGUGGAAGGUCAUCAUUCCUUUCAUCAUAGUCAUGUGCACGUUUGAGACCAUUCAAGUCGCAACACAGCUCUCAUCCAGAAGUUUGUUCCUUAUCGUCCUGGUCAUCUCCGACUUGAUGGCUCUGCAUUUCUUCUUCCUGGUGCAGGACUACGGCAGCUGGUUGGACAUUGGAACCAGCAUCAGCCAUUAUGUGAUUGUGAUGUCUAUGACCAUCUUCCUGAUGUUACUCAGUGUGGUCACACACACCUUCACCUCAAAGAGAUUCAUCCUGUGGAGGAGACACAAGAUGCACUUCACCUGAACACGCAUGCUCCAAGCAGAUGUUUAAUAUUUAUUUGACUGUUUUUAGAUACUUUUAUAAAGAUUUGCCUUAUUAAGAAAUGUAUUUAUAUAGAUGAUGUUGUUUUAGGGCUGUGAGCACUGUUUUGUAAUAAGCCAAGUUUGGGAAAUCCUCCUGUUACAUCUUCCUUUGAGUCAGUUCUCUAAGUGGUCCACUGAAAACUGUUAGAGGACUUAACCAUUGACCUAACUGUGAAAUCACACGACACUGCGCUGUAGAUACUCUCUGUGGUUUACCUGACUCAUCAGCUGUUUCUGUCUUUGUGUCGAUGUUUGUUAUUAUUUCAGUGUGUCACGUGGUUGAAGGGAAUGAUUGCUUGUUAUUAAUCUUACCUCUGUGGUUAACACUCUCUCUUGCACUGUACUCUUUUGUUUCACUCUCAUUCUCUCUGCAUUAAUCAUUGAUGAAGUCAUGAAAAGCUACUUGAAUAUUUAACCAUGAAUUAUGUCUUUGCCAAGGGUGCUGAUUUAUGAUCUACCAAAGAAUGUAAGCUCUUUAUGCAUAACAUCCUGUAAAAAAAUCUCAUGUUUAGAAUGAAAAGGGAUGCUGUUUGUAUUUAUUGACUAUUUGUAUUGAUAAAAAUGAGACUAUUAUGAAAA